CGCCAUUUUCCCCUUCGCUGUUCUUAGUGCACAUUAUCCCAUUGAUGGAUGAUAGCUUCGUCAUUCAGUCUUUCGGACUAUAAGUUCUUCUCUCCACACAGCGUUUCCGACUUCUUUUUUUCCACUUGUCCCACAAAGAUCAAUCUUCCUACUCUUCCUAUUUUUCUACCCUCUCUCUCUCUUUUUCUAUUUUUCUCAUCCAUUCUCUCAUUUAGGCAGAACAACUGCGUUUGGAAGGAAACGAAAGCAGAGAAGAUGCUUUAUUCAUAUUUCGUGUAUUAUGUAACGUUAUUGGCUGUUGUUGUUUGGACAUGCGCCGCUGCAGAUCCUCAAAAAAACCAACUGAUCGUGUUCGGUGAUUCAUACACUGGUAAAAUCAGAUAUCCUGUUCGAUGUUUUUUUCAUAGGCAAGUGUCUCACACAUUAUCCCAUUCACUUGUUGCAACGCGAUGUGACAUCAGCCGAUGAAACCGACCUGUGUAAUGGCCCGAAAUGGGUUCGGCAACUGGGAAGCACAUGGAGUAACGUUUCGAUAACGAACUUCGCUGUGGGUGGUGCAUGUUGUAUGAAGAGUGAAAAUACUCCCAGCCCACCAAUUACCCAACAAGCAGACAGCUAU